GUCAGUUUGGUGUGCCGUUCCGUGAGUGCAAGUUGAUAACUUGAGCAGGUGUGACAGUAGAGCAAUUGAACGGUGUUUAAUUUUUUAAGCAAACCAGAACCUAGUCGGAUCGAAAAAAAAGCUCACCAGCAGCAUGGAGACCACGGUGAUCGUAACGAGCCCCCAGGUUGGUCCGGAUCCGACCACCAUCAUCUGCCCGUCCUGCCGGUCGACGGUGGUAACGAGACUCGAGUACGAAACCACCACCAAGACGCACCUGUGCGCCGGUUUGCUGUGUUUGUUCCUGUGCUGGCCCUGUGCCUUUGUUCCCUACUGCUCGACGGCUUGCCGGGACGCCAACCAUUAUUGUCCUAGCUGUGGGUCCUUCAUCGGCACCUACCGAAAGUAAACCCUCAGGACCCACCGGAGCGUCUAGGUCGAGGUUUAUCCCCAGCGUACGUUAUCGGCGCCAGGUUUUGAGCGCAUUUUUUGGAGCAAAUUGACCUCGUUGCGAAAGAAGGAAAUUUUCGGCUACCAUUCAGCGAUACCAAAUCAACAUACCGACACGUUUUGUUAGAUAAGAUUGUGUACAGGUGGAUAUAAUGUGUGCUAGAUGUAAGCAAGGGCCUUUUCCGGUGGCGAUAGCAAAAUAGCAUUGCCUCAUUUGCUGACGCUCAUUGAACAAAUAACGUAAACGCACUCGAUUGUACCGUAAGUAUGUAGAAUUGUAUGCAUUCAAGGAUCAAAUAAAAAGCUAUUGUAUGUGUAAGUAAGCAAUAGAACAAGCAUUUCUCAUUGGGUUAAUAAUGUAGCAUUAGCAUUCAUGUUUGGAAGAUCAAAAGAAAAUAAAAGCACCAUGAAAUAAUAGAAAUUGUGGUGUGAAUGCCAUAAUUGGUUAACUAUUAUCGCUUCUUAGAGAUGACCAAUUUGUUUCAACAAUGUACUGAGACGCGAUGCGUUGAAAUCCUGACCUGUGCGUUUAUGGAAUGUAGUAAAGAUGUCUAACGCUAUAUUGAUGAUUAAUCAUGGGUACCUUAACUCCCACGCGGGAUAUUGUAUAGUGUGACGUUUGUGAUUUAAAUAAAUCAUGAAUCCUCCUACCACUCGUU